CAGUCAGCGUUAGCGUUAGAUGUGUAGAAGUAACUGGGAGACGAUAUUGUGGUUGUAUGGAUAAUUUUGACCAUGUCUUCAGGGUAUCUGAGAGAGUUUGUUAAUGAGAGACUAACUGCUGCUGCUCAAGAAAUACUCGGAGUUUUUAAAUCAACUAUCGUCAAGUAUGAAGAAGAGCUCGACCGUCAGAGGAGGCUGUUGGCUAUCGUUUUGAAACCUCGAAUAAGGCUACACAGGAUAGAGCUCCCACAGCAACAUGUGUGUAAGGAGGAGGAGGUUCUCUCUGAGCAGCAGCUCUGUAUUCAGGAGAGGAACUCCAGUGUGGACCAGGAGGACCCAGAGCCUCCACAGAUUAAAGAAGAAGAGGAGGAACUCUGCACCAGUCAGGAGGGAGAGCAGCUUGAACUGAUGCAGGAGACUGAUGCCUCCAUGUUGAUUCCUACUCAUGAGGAAAGAGACCACAGUGAAGAUCAGACUCUCAACUUCAAUCCUAACGACACUUUUAAUACAGAGACCACCAAGACUGGUGGUAUCAGAUUCUAUGGGAUGUCAAUACUGAAAAUCCCCACGGGAACUCUGAAACUACGUUCUUGCAAAAUCUGUGGAAAGGAUUUCAUAAAUAGAGCUUGCUUGAAAGUCCACAUGAGAUCACACUCAGUUGAGAGGCUGUUUCCUUGCAUAACAUGUGGAAAAGAUUUCAGACAUCGUAGUAGCGUGAUGGACCACAUGAGAUUAGCUAACGCAAAUGAGAAGACGUAACCUCGCAACGGCUGUGGGAAAAGAAACUUUUAUGCAUCUACUUUGGCAAAGCGUACGAGGUCACAUCCAGGCAGGUAGACUUGUAUUUGCAUAACUGUGGCGCUUGAAGCAAAAGAUUUACUUGAACCAUGUACUUGAAGAACACAACAUAAGAACAUACACAGGAGGAACCAUCGAGCUGAAACGCCUGUGAAGACAUUUUCUUUUCUUUUUCAUACAUUUUAUUUAUGAACAUUUUUUACGUUCAAUACGUACAGGAAAAAAAGAAAAGCAGUACACGGAAAAAAAGACAAGUAUGAGGUCAUGGUAUGUUUACAAAAACAUGACACCCAUCCAUACAAUUUCAUCCGCUUAUCCGGGCCAGGUGGCGGGGGCAGCAGGCCGAGCAACGCACCCCAGACAUC